AUGAGAAUGGGUAUUUUCCUACCUGAGAACAUUUCGUUGGUGAAGAGAAUUGGAGAGGGAGCUUAUGGCAGCGUGUAUAGAAUUGGUAAAGAUAAAGUGUUGAAGAUUGCUAAAGAUGGUGAAGCCAUCAAGAAGUUUGAUCAUCCAUUAUUGUUGAGUAUUGAGAGGCUUUUUUGGUAUGAAGCUGAGAAACUCUUGUUGAUUGUUUCUCCAUACUAUGAAUUGGGACAUUUGAGAGGUCAAUUCACAUUAGGUCAAUAUUGGUCAAUUCUUUGUAAUUUGACAAAUGCUCUCAAGUAUUUACAUUCCCAACAAGUUGUUCAUAGAGAUAUCAAGCCAGCAAACAUACUUGUAGAAAAAAAGGACAAAUUUGAAGUGAAAGUUGUUUUAGCUGAUUUUGGAUUGGCGAAAUCGUUCGAUUCUUGCAGUGCAGGAAGUGUAGGAACGACCUACUUUGUAGCUCCAGAAUUAAUGAAAGGUUAUGAUGGAGAACAUAGUGCUAGAAGAAGAGUUGCCAAUGAGAAGAGUGACAUUUUUUCUCUUGGAAAGACUAUUAGCGUUCUAAUUUUGAAUGACAAACCUGAAGAUUUGGAAUUUAAGAAGGGGAAUUCACUCACCGAAUUGCUUAAUCGUAUGAUGAAGUACAAGCCAGAGAAUAGACCUUCGACUGAUGAAAUUAUUUCAAUAUGUGAAAUGGAGAUUUCAAAGCUUUCAGAGACUGAUUACAAUGCAAUUUUCAAAUUAUCCGACAAUGAUAUUGAAAUAUUUGAUGAAAUGAGCUUUUACACUGAAAGUAGUUUGAGUGAUGGUUUGUUGAAAAUGUUAAUAAGCGGAGAAAGUUCUCAAAGUCAAUCUGCUGUUAAACAUUCAUACACGUUUGAUCUUCACGAUGACGGUGUUGUAAAUGCCAAGAAAAUAAUUCACAUCAAGUGCACACCAGAGGCAAGAUUGGCCAUCGAAUCAAUCUAUCUCAGAAUUUACAACACCAAAUUCAAUACAGGACUCAUUGAUGUAACCAAUUGCUUGUCCAAAUCAGUUAGAGAAAUAUCCAAUGAUAAUGAAAAGAAAUAUGCCAUCUCUGGUUCACAAAAACAAUAUCUCAUUCCUGCCAAGUCGAAAUAUCAAAAUGAAAAAGGAAAGGACACUAUUGAAUUGUAUAUUAAUAAUAGGGAUGAACAUGUGGCUUCAGCCAAUUAUGUCGCCAAGAAUAAUAAAAAUAAUUAA